CUGCUUGAUGUCCGCGGACCGCAGGAGGACACGAUCCCUAUCGCACCGACAAAAAAACAAGAAAACACGACUCCCGUGGACAAUGUCACAGCCAGCGUUUGGUCCACGGAGCCUUCGGGAAGGCUGACCGUCGAGUUUCCAACGCAGCGUAACAAUUAUUUGUAUUUUUUUAUUUUUUUUAUUUUUUUUUUAGCAGACUUGUGGAAGGAAGACAAGGAAAAAGAUGUCGUCGCCAAGUCCUGGCAAGAGACGGAUGGACACCGACGUGGUCAAACUCAUCGAGAGCAAGCAUGAGGUCACCAUCCUCAGUGGGCUCAACGAGUUUGUGGUCAAGUUCCACGGACCCCCCGGAUCGCACUACGAAGGCGGCGUGUGGAAGGUCAGAGUGGAUUUGCCCGACAAAUACCCCUUCAAGUCUCCAUCAAUCGGGUUCAUGAAUAAGAUUUUUCAUCCCAACAUCGAUGAAGCGUCAGGAACCGUGUGUUUGGACGUCAUUAACCAGACAUGGACGGCUCUCUACGACCUCACCAACAUCUUCGAGUCCUUCCUGCCCCAACUGCUGGCCUACCCCAACCCCAUAGACCCUCUCAACGGGGAUGCCGCCGCCAUGUACCUUCACCGGCCGGAGGACUACAAACACAAGAUCAAAGAGUACAUCCAGAAGUACGCCACGGAAGAGGCGCUGAAGGAACAGGAGGAAGGAGGCGGAGACUCCUCCUCCGAGAGCUCCAUGUCGGACUUUUCCGAGGACGAGGCUCAGGACAUGGAGUUGUAGUGGCAAGCCCCGCCCCCUCGGACGCUCGCUAAGCGGACUGAAGCGUACCGUGCUAUUUCAACCGAAAAAACCACCAUGACUAUUUUUUUACAGCACCGACCACCGGAGGACCGCCGCCUCCUUUUUUUGGGAGUGAAGACCACUCGUCGCACCUUUUGUCAACUUGGUACCAGCGACCCCCGUCAGAGGUACCAUUUCAUCCAGCUCCGCCUCCUCUCCGUUUUAGGAAAGUUUCUUCUAUCGUGGCAUGACACACAAAUCCAAUUGUGUGGUUUUUUUUUGGGGGGGAGGAACCACCAGAACCUGACGAGUCAGGUUUUCACAAGGAUUUAGUAGGAUUUUGUAGACUCACUCCAAGUAGUAGAAAACAAAAGUUGGGACACGCUUUCUCAUGCUUGUCAAUAAGACUCUUUAGACUGGGAUUGCUACUUCGUUAGCAAUAAGAAGUUAAUGUUAUUCAUUUCUUUCCUAGUGAGUUUAGUUAACAAUGUAAUUCAUGGAUAAAUAUCAGGUUUUGCUAGCCUGCUCGUUUUAAAGUCACCAAGCUCGCUAUUGUAUUAUUUAGACAGCUAGCUACCUACCUUGUUUGUCGAUUAGCUCACUGGUUAGACUGACAGCUAUUUUCUAAAUAAAAAAUAAAUAAAUUAGAUAGCAAAAUACUUUGUUAGUUAUAUACUUCAGGUAAAAUGCUAGCUACUUUGUUAGCAAUAACAAGUUCAUGUUAUUCGCUUCUUUCUUAGUGAGUUUAGUUAACAAUGUAAUUAAAGGAUAAUCAGCAAGUUUUGCUAGCUUGCUCGUUUUAAAGUCAGCAAGCUCGCUAUUGUAUUAUUUAGACAUCUAGCUACCUACCUUGUUUGUUGAUUAGCUCACUGGUUGGACUGACAGCUAUUUUGAACAUAAAAAUAAAUAAGCUAGAUAGCAAAGUACUUUGUUAGUUAGCUUCUUCAGGUAAAAUGCUAGCUACUUCGUUAGCAAUAGCAAGUUAAUGUUAUUCGCUUCUUUCUUAGUGAGUUUGGUCAACAAUGUAAUUCAUGGAUAAUUAUCAAGUUUUGCUAGCCUGCUCGUUUUAAAGUCACCAAGCUCGCUAUUGUAUUAUUUAGACAGCUAGCUACCUACCUUGUUUGUCGAUUAGCUCACUGGUUAGACUGACAGCUAUUUUCAAAAUAAAAAAUAAAUAAGCUAGAUGGCAAAAUAGUUUGUUAGUUAUCUACUUCAGGUAAAAUGCUAGCUACUUUGUUAGCAAUAACAAGUUCAUGUUAUUCGCUUCUUUCUUAGUUUAUUUAACAAUGUAAUUAAUGGAUAAUCAGCAAGUUUUGCUAGCCU